AUUUAUUUGACCAUCUACAAGAAAAGUUCACUUGUUUGGUUCAGUUUAGUGGAUACAUUUUUACCAUUCAGUCGUUUCUUACUCUUCAUGCAGUCCAUAAGUUCGCUUAAGAAAAUUAACAAACAUUUCAUCCAAAUCCAAAUUAAUAUUAGAGUGUCCUUCAAACCUGCGAAGCAAACCGACAAAUAAAUACUAAUUAUUUGCUCACUAAUUAUCAAACCAUGGGUGCCAGCAGCUCAAAAGAUGACAACUCUUCGACACCCGACGAGAUAACAAAACCCACCGACUGGGCAACUUUAGACGAACAUUGUUGGAAUUUCGCACAAUUCGAUCUCCUCGAGACGGACGGUGGUUGGUCUGGAAAUCACUGGCUCAUGUACCUCGGCGAAGGAUGGGUCGUCCAUGUCACCUUCUGCGCAAACUACAUGUCCGGAAUUGUACGAAUUCAGCGGGUGAACAACGCUAUAAAGAGGGAGACUAAAAUCCGUGUCAACAAUCACCAAAAAGAGGCGAACACCAAUGGUUACAAAAUGCGUCCUGAAGCGGAAAUCUGGCACGUGCUUCGACAAGAAUUCCGACAUCGGGACCCAACUACGUGGAAACUCCGUGAAAUGCAAAGAUUUGUCAGGUUUGACUUGAAAAAUUCGAAUUGCGAGCAUUACGUGACAAAUUGGAGGUACGGGACGGGAUUCAGUCUACAGACGGAGGAUUGGGGUAACAUGCUUGGAGGGAAGAUUAAGAGUGGAAUUGCGGAUUUGGUAUACGACAACAAAUUCAUAGCAAAAUUAGUGUAUCGCGAAUUGACCAGUUCGUCCAUGUAAAACCGUGACCUACAAUGAACCUCUCGUCGUCGAAACGUUGAUCGUAAAUAGGAAUAUUAAAGCGUGCGAAUAAAUUGUUUUUCACUGUCAAAA